UGCAUCCACUCGUUACAGGUACCUUAAUGCCAUACAAACAAUGUGUCCCCACAUCCUACGAUACUUGACAUGCGCAGUCAUCACGAACAAGCAGAAACGAGGAGCCAUGAGAGAUUUGGUCAAGGUCAUUCAACAGGAGUCCUAUGCCUACCAUGAUCCCAUCACAGAAUUCGUGGAGUGCCUCUUUGUCAACUUCGACUUUGACGGGGCUCAGCAGAAGCUUCGCGAGUGUGAGGUCGUGCUCUCCAACGACUUCUUCCUUGUCGCCUGCCUGGAGGACUUCAUGGAAAAUGCCCGUCUCUUCAUAUUCGAGACCUUCUGUCGCAUUCAUCAGUGCAUCUCCAUUGGCAUGCUGGCAGAAAAGAUCAACAUGGAGCCAGAAGAGGCAGAGAAGUGGAUCGUAAACCUCAUCCGUAAUGCCCGUCUGGAUGCCAAGAUAGACUCCAAGCUGGGCCAUGUUGUCAUGGGGACACAAGCGGUCUCACCAUACCAGCAGCUGAUUGAUAAGACUCAACAGCUGCUGAUGCGUACUCAGUUACAAACCAGCAACCUUGAACAGAAGCUUGCAGCGAGCAACCCUGACAGGUUAUCUCACUGGGGAGCCCAGAACUUUUAGCACCGAGAAGUUGUCCUUGUUGCUGUGAAGGUGAUUUUCUAAUUAAAGACUUCACUUGUUUCAAGGUUCGA